ACGGACGAUGUGCGAGAAAGCGAGAGUGAUAGUGAGAAUGCUACAAGGCUGCAACAGCAUGAACAAGCUCCGUAAGAUCCAUUCUCAUGUCGUCAUCAAUGGUCUCCAACAUCAUCCUUCCAUCUUCAACCAUCUCCUCCGCUUCUGCGCCAUCUCCGUCACCGGUUCUCUGUCUUACGCUCUGCUUCUCUUCCACCGUUUCGAUUCUGAUCUAUCGACGACCGCUUGGAACUCCCUUGUCCGUGGCUUCUCUGUAUCCUCCUCUCCUCUCUCUUCGCUUCUCUUCUACAAUCGAAUGCUUCUCUCUUCCUUAUCACGCCCCGAUAUCUUCACUUUCAGCUUCGCUCUCAAAGCAUGCGAGAGGCUCCGCUCGAUUCCGAAAUGUCUUGAGCUCCACGGAUCGAUCAUCCGAUCUGGUUUCCCCGACGAUGCCAUUGUUUCCACCAGCCUUGUUCGUUGUUACUCUGCGAACGGAAAAAUCGACACUGCCUCCAAAGUGUUCGACGAAAUGCCUGUGAGAGACUUGGUCUCUUGGAACGCCAUGAUCUCUUGCCUUUCUCAUGCUGGUUUACACCACCAGGCGUUGAGUAUGCAGAAGAGAAUGGAAGACGAAGGCGUUUGCAUCGACGCUUACACGCUCGUCGCUCUGUUAUCAUCUUGUGCUCACGUUAGCGCUUUGAAUAUGGGGGUUUUGCUACACAGGAUCGCCUGUGGCAUUGGAUGUGAGAACAGUGUCUACGUGAGUAAUGCUCUUAUCGAUAUGUAUGCUAAAAGUGGUAGCCUUGAAAACGCUGUUAGUGUCUUCAACGGGAUGCGCAAGAGAGAUGUGUUAACUUGGAACUCAAUGAUUGUUGGGUAUGGAGUUCAUGGUCACGGCGUCGAGGCCAUCUCCUUCUUCAGAAAGAUGGUGACUUCCGGGGUUAAACCCAAUGCCAUUACAUUCCUCGGAUUGUUGUUAGGUUGCAGUCAUCAAGGUCUAGUCAAAGAAGGAGUUGAGCAUUUCCAGAUGAUGGGUUCACAGUUCCAUUUGAGCCCCAGCGUUAAACACUAUGGAUGCAUGGUGGAUCUUUAUGGACGUGCAGGUCAGCUCGACAAGGCGCUCGAGAUGAUACAUACCUCUGCUUGUCAUGAGGAUCCUGUGUUGUGGAGAACCCUGCUUGGCUCUUGCAAAAUCCAUAUGAAUUUGGAAUUAGGAGAAGUAGCCAUGAAGAAAUUGGUGCAGCUCGAGGCUUUCAAUGCAGGGGAUUAUGUGCUUAUGACUUCUCUAUAUUCUGCAGCGAAUGAUGCUCAAGGUUUUGCUAGCAUGAGAAAGCUAAUAAGAAGCCAUGAUUUACGGACAAUACCAGGCUGGAGCUGGAUUGAGAUUGGCGAUCAAGUUCACAAAUUUGUCGUCGAUGACAAAAUGCACCUGGAUUCUGCACUAAUUUACUCACAACUGCAGGAAGUAGUCCGUCGCGCCAUACUAGCUGGCUACAAUCCAGAGGACUCAAACAUAACAUGUCCAGCUUUCUCUGAUCGUUGUUUAAAUUCUGCAUUUCACAGUGAAAAAUUGGCCAUUGCAUAUGGAUUGAUGACAACUCCUUCAGGAACAACUCUCCGGAUCACAAAGAAUCUUAGAGUUUGCAGAGAUUGUCAUUCGUUUACAAAAUGUGUAUCAAAAGCAUUCGGUCGGGAUAUUAUUGUAAGGGACAGAGUUCGGUUUCAUCACUUUGCAGGUGGUCUCUGUUCUUGCAACGACUAUUGGUGACGACAAUGUUCUCGA